GGAGCUGCGGGACCGCACCGCCGCUGCGGGGCCAUGAUCCGUAACGGGCACGGGGCGGCGGGCGGCGCGGAGCGGCCGAGCCCAGCGGGCAGGCGCGCGGUGCGGGUGUGGUGCGACGGCUGCUAUGACAUGGUGCAUUAUGGCCAUUCCAACCAGCUGCGCCAGGCACGAGCCAUGGGAGAUUACCUGAUUGUGGGCGUUCACACCGAUGAGGAGAUCGCCAAGCACAAAGGGCCCCCGGUGUUCACCCAGGAGGAGAGAUACAAAAUGGUGCAGGCCAUCAAGUGGGUGGACGAGGUGGUGCCUGCGGCUCCCUAUGUCACCACCCUGGAGACGCUGGACAAGUACAACUGCGACUUCUGUGUGCACGGCAAUGACAUCACACUGACUGUAGAUGGCCGUGACACCUACGAGGAAGUGAAACAGGCUGGGAGGUACAGAGAGUGCAAACGCACCCAGGGCGUAUCUACCACAGACCUCGUGGGCCGCAUGCUGCUUGUGACCAAGGCCCAUCAUAGCAGCCAGGAGAUGUCCUCCGAGUACAGGGAGUACGCAGACAGCUUUGGCAAGCCCCCUCACCCGACACCUGCCGGGGACAUACUUUCCUCAGAAGGCUCCUCCCAGUGUCCUAGGGGGCGCAACCCCUGGACAGGGGUGUCCCAGUUUCUACAGACAUCCCAGAAGAUCAUCCAGUUUGCUUCUGGGAAGGAGCCCCAGCCAGGGGAGACGGUUAUCUAUGUGGCUGGUGCCUUUGACCUGUUCCAUAUUGGGCACGUGGACUUUCUCGAGAAGGUGUACAGGCUAGCUGACAGGCCCUACGUCAUCGCCGGCCUGCACUUUGACCAGGAGGUCAAUCGCUACAAGGGGAAGAACUACCCCAUCAUGAACCUGCAUGAGCGGACCUUGAGUGUGCUGGCCUGCCGGUAUGUGUCAGAAGUGGUGAUUGGGGCCCCAUAUGCGGUCACAGCAGAGCUCCUGGGUCACUUCAAGGUGGACCUUGUAUGUCAUGGGAAGACAGAAAUCGUGCCUGACAGGGAUGGCUCUGAUCCCUACCAGGAACCCAAGAGGAGAGGCAUCUUCUAUCAGAUUGACAGUGGCAGUGACCUCACUACGGACCUCAUUGUGCAGAGGAUCAUUAAAAACAGGUUAGAGUAUGAGGCACGAAACCAGAAGAAAGAAGCCAAGGAGCUGGCCUUCCUCGAGGCCACCAGGCAGCAGGAGAUACAGCCUGUGGGGGAGGGCGACUAGACUUCCGACUGGAGGACUGUCACGGAGAGCCCCUGUGCCGGUGCCUGCCCCGCUCUGCUUCUGCGUCUUAGAGUUUGGCUCACGCAAUUCUAGAGGAAGCUGCAGCACCACCCACUAACUGGCCUGGCUCCAGCAGGGCUGGUGGGGAGGGCACUACUCCUGCCUGCCUGCAAGGUGCCUGUUUUGUAGUGGGCUCUCAGCUCCUCCUGCUCAGAGAAGGCAUCCGGCAGUGGAGCAGCCCAGCAGGCAGGGUGGGCAGAGAGGACCAGUGAUAUUGAAGGCUGUUGCUCCUGUGUGCUUCCAUCCAGUGGUUUCUAACUGCUGCUCCUCCCCCAUCUUGGAGAGAGAUGACCCUCCUGCCUGGCUGGAGGCUGCACUUCUUGCUUAUCCAGCUUUGUGGAAGGCACAGAGUGGAUGGCUUUGGGGAGCUGUGUUCCUGGGGUCACUCCCCAUUGGGCACCCUGUGCCCUGCAGCUCAUCCCAGUACCCUGUGCCUGGCUCCAGGAAGGUGCACUUGUCCUGCUGCCCUCCCAACAGACUUCCUGGUCUUGAUUUGUACAUCUCUGGUGCAACUGAAUAAAGCCUGCUGGGAAGUGCUGUGUCUGCCCCCAGCUCACCCACCCACCA